AUGCACCUCCCCACCAUCGCCGUAACCCUCGCCCUCCUCCUCCCCCCAGCCCUCUGCACCCCCCUCCUCGACUUCUCCGCCGCCAACGGAGACCCCCCGUCCACCCUAGGCAUCCUGAACCUCGAAGAGGCGCGCGACGAGAAGAUCUCCGCCAACACGAACGACCUCUACAUCAAGCUGGCCACCGACCCGCACGGCGUCCCGGCCCUACACUACCACCGCAAACAGUCCUACAUCCGCGCCGAGUACCACGCGCUCGCCAACACAAUCGAAGAGAACAAGACCUACUACAUCGGCUACAAGUUCUCACUCGGCGUGAUCGAGCAGAGUCUGAUGAUCUUUCAAUUCAAAGCCUACGCCGGCAACAACGCCGCCACCAACGGCGCCAUCAUCCCGCUCUCCCUCGAGGUCAAAAGCGGGCAGCUGCACCUGCAGUACCAGGCCGAUAGUUCGAGCGGGCGGGAGCCGCAGUGGUCGCGCGCUGUCGACACGGACACGGUGUACGCGGUGGGGGUGGUGAUCCACACGGGCCGGCCGGGGUGGGUCGAGUUCUACUUCGAUGGCGAGCCGCAGACGCUCGGGGAUGCGGGGGCGACCAGGUUGUCGGCGAAUACGUGGACGGGCCGCACGGAGCCCAAGUUCGGGGCGUAUCGUGGGGAGGCGGUUGCCGUCGAUACGUAUGUGUAUCGCGUGCAGAUUGGGACGGAGGUGGCGGAUAUUGCGGAGGCGGCGGGGUUGGGUAGGGGUUCUACGCCGAGUGUAAGUGCUGGUGCUGCGGGAGGUAAGACUGCGAGUGCUGCUGCAACGAGUGCCAUCGCUACGGGGUCUUGUUCCUGGGAGGGACAUUGUGCAGGAGCUUCUUGCGCGACGGAGGAUGAUUGUUCGGAUGAGUUGGUUUGUACCGCGGGGAAGUGUGCGUCGUCUUGA